CAUUCGGCCCUCAAACUUAAAUAUUCCUAACAGGAAAAUGUUGCUACAAUAAACUUUCCUACAAACAUCAGGACCUGCUAAAGGACCAACAGGAAGCUGAGAUGUUUGUUGGAGUCCUUCAGAUGUUUAGCAGGAUGGUUUGGGGAAGACGUUUAUUAGCUGCUGGACACCUGAGCUGCAGGCUGAGCUGUCAUUCAAACAUACAUUAUGGAUUUUUAACAGAUGAUAUCAAGUCGGUGCGGGCUGUGGUCAACCCUGAUAUUUCCAAGAUUCGAAACAUCGGCAUCAUGGCUCACAUUGACGCAGGGAAAACAACCACCACAGAGAGGAUACUUUAUUACUCCGGCUACACACGAGCACUAGGAGAUGUGGACGACGGGGACACAGUCACAGACUUCAUGGCUCAGGAAAGAGAACGUGGCAUCACCAUCCAGUCAGCAGCUGUCACGUUUGACUGGAAGAGCCAUCGGAUAAACCUUAUAGACACGCCAGGACACGUCGACUUCACGCUGGAGGUGGAGCGGGCGCUUCGAGUUCUCGAUGGAGCCGUCGCUGUGGUGGACGCAUCGGCUGGUGUUGAGGCCCAGACGCUGACCGUGUGGAGACAGGCGGAGAAGCACCACGUUCCCCGUGUUUGCUUCCUGAAUAAGAUGGAUAAACCCACAGCAGACCUGAAUUUCUCCAUUGAAAGCAUAAGACAGAAAUUGAAAGCCAGCCCAGUCGUGCUGCAGAUUCCUGUUGGCAGCAGUAAGAACUUCACAAGUGUGGUUGACCUGUUAACCAAUCAGAAGCUGAUAUGGAAGUUGAGGUCUGCAGACGAUGAUGGAUGAGUGUUUGAAUCGAAGGCUCUUAGCCAGUCUGAUGAUCCAGAACUCCUGCAGGCAGCGGGUGAAGCCAGGACAGCUCUGAUUGAGCAGGUUGCUGAUCUAGAUGAUGAAUUUGCUGAGCUGCUUCUGACCAGUUUUAGUGAUAAUUUCGAUGCGGUUCCUUCCAUCAAGCUACAAGCGGCCGUGCGGCGGCUCACUCUGGCCCGUAAAGGAGUUCCCGUGCUCUGUGGUAGCUCUCUAAGAAACAAAGGUGUUCAGCCUCUUUUAGAUGCCAUCACUGCGUUCCUGCCUGCACCGAACGAAUGCCACCAUGACCUGGUGAGGUGGUACAAAGAUGAUUUGUGUGCGCUGGCCUUGGUUCUCCAUGACAAACAGCACAGCCCUCUGGUUUUCCUCAGCAUAUACUCGGGUACUCUGAAAGCCCAGACCGCCGUCCACAACCUGAACAGGAACAACACUGAGAGGAUGAGUUGACUGCUGGUACCAUUCGCAGAUCAGCACGUAGAAAUCCCUUCAAUGAGUGCUGGAAACAUUGCACUAACUGUAGGACUGAAGCAGACAGUUACAGGAGACACCAUUGUUUCAUCCAAAGCAUCAGCAGCAGCUGCAGCUCUCAGAGCCCAAAAUGAGAGUCAGACAGGGAAAAGUUGUGGAGAACACGCUAACAUCAUCCUGUCCGGAGUGGAAGUCCCCGAUCCUGUCUUUUUCUGCACCAUAGAACCUCCCACCAUGGCCAAACAGGCUGAUCUGGAGAAUGCCCUCAAUUGCCUCCAGAGGGAAGACCCCAGUCUAAAAGUCCAAGUUGACCCUGAUUCUGGUCAGACCAUCCUGUGUGGGAUGGGAGAACUGCACAUUGAGAUCAUCCACGAUCGAAUAAGAAGAGAGUAUGGUGUCGAGACCUACCUCGGUCUACUGCAGUUAGCCUACAGAGAGACCAUUCUUCACGAGGCAUCGACUACAGAAACUCUGGAUCGGGCAGUGGGAGAAAGACGGCACAUUGUGACGGUUGAGCUCAUGGUCAGACCUGCAGAUGGCUCUUCAUGUGACUCAGCUUUUACAGAGGAGUUACAGACACAGCUGUCAGCAGAAAUAAAAGAGGUAGUGCAGAAUGGAGUACACAGCUCAUGCCUUCAAGGCCCUCUGCUGGGAUAUCCUGUACAGGACGUGUCCACACUGAUCCAAAGUCUGACCAUGGAAACUGGGACAUCUCCUGCCAUGGUGUCUGCCUGUGUGUCUCGCUGCAUGUCAAAGGCACUGAAGCUGGCAGGAGUCCAGGUCCUGGAGCCAGUGAUGUCCCCCGAGGUGACUGUGGAUGAGGAGCUCCUCAGCUUUGUGCUGGGGGACUUGGCCCAAAGACAAGGGAUGGUUCGAGAGAUACAGAGCCGCCAUGACAGCAAGGUGUUGCUGGCCACGGUGCCGCUUGCGGAGAUGAUGGGCUACUCAACCACGCUGCGAACUUUGACCUCUGGCAAUGCCACCUUUUCACUGGAGCUGGACACCUAUGAGGCCAUGAACCCCCAGGACCAGAACUCUCUGCUGAAAAAGAUGUCUGGUCUGCUGUGAUCCUGACAAGCUGCUGAGGCUGGGACUGAUUAUCAGGCCUCUGAUGAACACUCUGAGGGUGUGAGCUCAGAUCUGUUAUGGUCAAUUAGCAGACAUUUCAUUCCUGUACCAUCAAAAGGUGAGAAAUCACGCAAUUCCCUGAGCAUGGAUGGUUAAAUUUGGUCAGUUUAACAGGUAUUAUGCCAAAAUUUGAUGUGGAAGUUGAGUCCUCCCUAAUACUCUGACCUCAACUUAAAAAUGAAAACAUUAAAAACCAAAAAAA